UUUGCUUGCGGUACUGUAAACUAUCUAUCACAUCUACGGUUCAUCAUUCAUAACGCUUCUGGCGUUGUCUGACGUCCAAUGCGUCUCUAGCAAAUCAUUUCCCCCCCUCUUUGAAACCACCCGGAUCUCUUUCACAUUGCUUGUCCUUUACUCGUAUUGUCGCGGCACUGGCCCGCCGCCCUCGAUUUUCAAAGUACACGCAUCGCAUUGUACGUCGUUGGAACCAGUACACCUUGGCCCAUCAAUCCAUCUUCCAAACGGCAAAGAACCGUCCAUUCAGGCCAAUCCGUCUGGUCAUCCGACCCGCAACGCUUACGCCCACUGCCAAGUCCCUGCCAAUCUUCAUCUCAGCCUUGUCUGACCAAACAAAGGGGAGGGUCAUGCAACCGACCGAGGAAUUCAACUGAGACUCUUCCCCAGGGCCCCGUCGAGAAACUAAAAUCGUCGUCGCCAUGUGGAACAUCUCGAGCUUUGUGCAAAAGGCACAAGAGCUGCUUGACCCGACUCAAGGCCUCAACCUCAGCCAGUCCGACAAGAACCCGUCCAAGGCCACGUUGUUUCAGCACCAGUUCCGCCUGCCCUCGUCACAGCAUCCGCUCUAUGAGAUCGCCGCCGAGCUGACUAUCCCGCCCGCAAAUGUCACGCAGGGCGAGAAGACGGCCGACAUGGGCUGGCACUAUGUCGGCCGCCUGCAUCUGUCCGAGUCUUUUAUCUGCUUUUCCACCACGGCAUCGAGUUUCCUGCAGUCCGCCAGCACUUCGAGCUCAUCAAUAUUUACAGGCCAGACACAUGGUGGAGGACCAAGCGGCAAUGGCUUCACAUUUCCCUUGUGCGCCAUUCGCAAAGUGGAAAGAUUAAAUAGCCAGAAUUACCAGUUUGCCCUUGCUAUAACGACAUGGAAUGGAUUGCUCCACGAGUCUGGCAACAAGGACAAGGACAAGGAUAAGGACAAGGCGGCAAGUAAGGAUGGCAAGAACCAGGUCAAGGAACAAAGAAUAACAGUACAGCUUGCCGGUUCUCGGCAGGCUUGCGAGCGUUUCUGCGACGGCCUGAAGAAGGGCCUGCGGGCGGGCGUUGGCAACGUGGCAAAACUCAAAAGAGUUGUUGCUGAGUGCUACUCGGAAUACCUCCUAAGACCCGAGGACCAAAAGGAAGCGAGUGCUCCAGACGCCGGUCUUGGUCUACAGUUCCGAUACCCAGGCGACCCCAAGAAGCUUCGAGAUAGGGCAAAGAUGCGAUUGUGGGCCGAAUACCUUCGAGACAACGGUCGGAACUUUACAUUACUGCGGCAACCAACUUUUCACAAACUCAUCCGGGUCGGUCUACCAAAUAGAUUACGAGGUGAAAUGUGGGAGCUUACUUCUGGCUCUGUGUACCUGAGGCUAGAGAACCCAUCCAUGUACGAGGAGACUUUGGAAAAGUUCUCGGGACAGGAAUCGCUGGCUAUCGACGAGAUUGAGAAGGACCUGAACCGCAGUUUACCAGAAUACCCGGGCUAUCAAGACCAGAUUGGUAUCAACAGGCUGCGCAGAGUUCUCACGGCGUACAGCUGGGUGAAUGCCGACGUCGGUUACUGCCAGGCCAUGAACAUUGUGGUCGCAGCCUUACUGAUCUACAUGUCUGAGGUACAGGCCUUCUUCCUGUUAUCGACCCUCUGCGAUCGUCUUGUGCCCGGUUACUACUCGACAACCAUGUACGGGACUCUCUUGGACCAAAAGGUCUUUGAGUCCCUGGUGGAGAAGACGAUGCCUAUUCUGUGGGAGCACCUCGUCAAGAGCGACGUGCAGCUCUCUGUGGUGUCUUUGCCCUGGUUUUUAUCUCUGUACAUCAACUCGAUGCCCCUCGUAUUUGCCUUUAGGGUCUUGGACGUUUUCUUCGUUGAGGGACCCAAGGUCUUGUUCCAGGUCGGCCUCGCGAUCCUUCGAAUCAACGGUGAGGCGCUGCUCGACGCGACAGACGAUGGCGCGUUUAUUUCGGUCCUCAAGUCCUACUUUGCGCGGCUGGAUGAGUCGGCGCAUCCUCGAUCUGAAAAUCCAAAGUUGCGCGCAGUCACCCGCUUCCAGGAGCUUAUGGUUGUUGCUUUCAAGGAGUUUUCAGGCAUCACACAAGCGAGCAUUACAGAUUUGCGGCUUAAGAAUAAGGAUGCGGUCCUCAACAACAUUGAGAACUUUGCAAAGCGCACAGCAAUCAGGAAUCUGGGACCUGACAGCAAACUGCUGACCCCCGAGGAGCUCAGUGCGCUCUACGACCGCUUCUACACCGUCUUGUACGAGCGACAGCAACGCGAGGGUAUGAUACAGGAGGAGAACCAAAGACGUGCUAAAGCGAACCGAGGCCGUGUCCACGAGCUCAAGGUUGAAAAGGGCCGCGUUGGUCUUGGGGCGAGCACAAGCUUGAUGGACUACGAUGCGUUCCGCGAGUUUCUGGCAGCCAUGGCAAAAUGGGCCAUGUCGGAUUCGCCCACAACGCCCCGCAGAGAGACAUUCCCCGACAGAGGCUAUAACAGCAUGAGGAGGCUGGGUGCAGGGCAAUUGUCGCCCUGGGGCAACGGACCGGAACCGGCCGACCACGAGUUUUUGCGGCGGCUUUUCGCAAAGUGGGACGUCGACUCUGCGGGAGCUCUGACGCUCCAGAAUGUUGUCUCGGGUAUGGCACGCAUCAAGGGCAAGCGGGACAUCAUGGGCACCAUCACAUACUUGUUCGAGCUGUACGAUGACGACGGUGAUGGACGAGUUGAUCGCGAGGGCAUCUUGAGGAUAUCAGAGGCACUCCUUUUUCUCUCUAGAAGAGGACUUGAGGGCACGCUGAGUCCUUCAGGCUCGACGACUACGUUAAAUGGCUACUCGGAGCUUCAGGUUGCAGGUGACCCGACCGCCAACGACGGCUCUUUGGGCGGUCCCACAGUCAACGAGAGGUUUCUGGGCAGCAUCAGUGCAUUCAUAAGGAGGUGCUUUGAGUAUGCGGAUCCGGACCACCCAAAGAACCAGGAUGCUAAGGUCGAACAUGAAAAGAUGCUGGAGAAGGUUGAGGAGAAGCUCCACGAGAAGCAUGCCGAAUCACCAAUCGCAGAGAAGAAGCAUCGCGAGCCACUGAUGCCCCCGCUGUCACCAGAUCUUGUCGAUCCUGACGCGUUUGCGAUUGGUGACGACGAUGAUGAGGAUGACGAGUCAGGGGAAGAGGACCUGUUGGCUAUGGAUUCACCAGAGGGAAGCCCGCAGCUCAAGCCUGCGAAGAAGCCUACCCCGGAGCCUACCCCUGAGCCAACCCCGUCAGCCGAACCGAAAGAGGAAAAGACGAUAUCACCUCCUCCACUGGCAGAGUCUAUGGUUUCGGAAAACCAGUCAUCCCAGUCAUCCUUACUUGAUGGUGUAGUGUCACGAAAAGUGUCUCAAGCAAAGGCGAACGUGGCACUUGACCCUUCAAACCCGCUGCACAUCACCCUCCCAACUUUCAGAAUGGUAGUCCUGGCGGAUGAACUUCUGGAGCAGUUCUUCGAAUCCAGCUUCCCUGUUUCUUUCCACGUGGUCGAGGGUUUACCUAGCAGCAACAGCAGUGGUGGAGGUGCAGGCUCAGCCGGACCUUCUUCGAUUUUUGGUGCCUUUGGCGGCGGAGCUGGAGGAGUUGCCGGUGCCGGCAGAGGAGUCCGUGGUGUCUUGGACAACAUCGUUACCGAUGGUAUGAGGGUUGCGGCUGAGGUCCGGAGGCGGAUGGAGGAGGCGCAGAAGGAACUCGAGAAGAAUGCGACCCCAUAUCAAUACCAGCAAAAGGAUGAAGAAGAUGAGGAUGAUGAUGACAUCAGGGGUCCUUCUUCCUCGUCGAGGACGCCUCGCAUCGGUGCCGCGUCUGGCUCGAAAUCUGCGACCAAGUCGGUCAGGUCAAGCGACCGCGACCUGUUGGAAGGUGCGGAUGCAGAGGCUGACGGUGGCGGCGAGGGUGCCGGUACAAAAGCGACGGCCGACGUCCAAGGGGCUUCGGGCAAGGGCAAAGUGGAGUUUGAGGGUUGAUAUGAUGAUUCACGGCAGCAAGUGGCUUUUGUUUGAUGUCCUGUUCUGCUUAGAAAUGGCGUUAAGGGGGGGAAUCGUAUGGCUCAGUGGGCGUGUGUGUCACUGUUUAUUUUGCAAUGCAGAGAUCCUCGAUCAUCUCACUCUUGUUACUCGCAUCAAGGGCUCUUUAUUUUUUCUUUCCUUGUUUUUUUCCCUGAAAUCAUGUCCA